GUUUGCUUUCCCCCCGCGUUUCCCCCACUAACGUGCUUUGUUUACGACUAUGACACGAUUUAUGAACGACGACAGCACACGCGCCCCGAACACCGACUCGUUUGACCAAGGCCCGAGGUCCGAGUCUGCGACGCUGAGGGAUGAGGCUAGGGAGGCGUUCGAUAGCACCGCGGUCGACGUACCGCUCGAUAAGGAGGAUGUGCGGCCAAAGGUGGAGAAGCCGCCGAGUACAGCAGAAGGGGGGAGGGAAGGCGACGGGGAGGAGGAUGGCUCGAAUGAAAUAGUAAUCGACUGGGACGGGCCAGACGAUCCGCAGAAUCCACGAAACUGGUCAUACAAGCGCAAGUGGGGCGCGACAUUUAUCGUGUCCGCGUUCACGUUCAUCAGCCCAGUGUCCUCGUCCAUGGUUGCACCCGCGACGAGACAAAUCGCGUCCCAAUUCGGGAUCACGAGCCAGGUUAUCGAAGCGAUGACCACCUCCAUCUUCGUGCUCGCGUAUGCCAUCGGCCCGCUAUUCCUGGGUCCCCUCAGCGAAAUAUUCGGACGGUCAAGAGUUCUGCAGCUCGCGAAUAUGUGGUACCUUGUAUGGAACCUCGUCUGUGGCUUCGCCCAAAACACAGGCCAACUCAUCGCUUUUCGAUUCCUCGCGGGCCUUGGAGGAAGCGCGCCUCUAUCCAUCGGUGGAGGCGUGCUAGGUGAUCUUUGGGCCGUGCAGGAGCGUGGGCAGGCGAUUGCGUUGUACUCCCUCGCGCCGCUUCUAGGUCCCGUCGUUGGACCGGUCGCGGGCGCGUGGAUUGCGGAGCGGAGCACUUGGCGAUGGGUCUUCUGGUCGACAACAAUCGUCGACGGCAUCAUCCAAUGCUUCGGCUUGCUCUACCUCCGCGAGACCUAUGCACCCAUUCUUCUUGGGCAGAAGGCCAGCCGCAUCAGGAAGGAGAUGGACAUCGAGAAAGGCGGGCGGGACGUGCGUACGGUGUAUGACACCGCGGACCGACACUGGAAGUCGAUCUUCAAGCACUCGCUCACGCGGCCGUUCCUGCUUUUCGCAUACGAGCCGAUCAUCCAGCUCUUGGGUAUCUACAUGGCCUUUAUCUAUGGGACCAUGUAUCUGUUCCUCACGACCAUCCCGUCGAUCUUCGAGGGCGUCUACGGUGAGCGUGUCGGCAUCGCCGGGCUGCACUACAUCGCGCUCGGCGUGGGCCUCACGGGUGCGUCGCAAAUCAACGCGCGCUUGCUCGAUCGGAUAUACGCGCAUUUCAUCAAGCGGAAUGGCGGGCAGGGGAGGCCGGAGUAUCGACUUCCCUCGAUGGUUCCCGGCACGAUAUUGCUGCCUGCUGGCCUGUUCAUUGCAGGAUGGACGGCGAGAAGGGAUAUUCAUUGGAUCGUUCCCGAUAUCGGAAUCGCCUUUAUCGGCGCUGGUCAGAUCCUCAACUUCCAGUCCAUCCAGACAUAUGUCAUCGAUGCCUUCACGCUGCACGCCGCCUCCGCGCUUGCGGCCGUGUCGUGUCUACGAUCGCUAGCUGGAUUCGGCUUCCCCCUGUUCGCGCCCGCGAUGUACAAUGCGCUGGGCUUUGGGAAGGGCGACACGAUUCUCGCAUGUGCGGCAAUUGUUAUUGGAUGUCCUGCACCCUGGGUAUUCUGGCAUUUUGGCGAGCGGAUACGGAAAGCGAGUCGUUACGCGCGCUCAUGAUUUUCUGGUAUAAGUGCGGAGACUGGUCGGGGAAGGGAGGAGGAAGAGCUACGCAUAGUUUGCAUUGAACCAUAGAAUCUUGUCUAAUAUAACUCCACACGAUGUAGCAUAAUAGCUCAAGUGAACCUUUUGGUGGAUUUUCGGUGUCGUACUUAGUGCCGGCGUGAUGAACUAAGCAAUGUGGACUGGGAUUUAUCUAUGUGUCCCCCUCACUCGGUGAGCAUUCGGUGAUGUAGUUCGUCAAUGGGUUCUCAGCGUGAUAGACCUUUUCGUCCGCUCCAAAUACAGGCUGCAUGGACUCAUACAAACCUCUGCAAACCCACCGAAUGCCACUUUCUCCCCUCAUGAUUAUGAUUACACUGAUUCCGCAACAGCGUAUGUAAGUGAGAUUCGGACAAGCCCGAG